AUGGCGAAUUUUGAAGCUUUCCUAAAUGAAAUAAAAGCAUUGACGGAAAUUAGGCACUGGGACAUUGUGAAACUUUACGAUUUUUGCUCCAAUGGUCAAAACUCACUUUUGGUUUAUGAAUACCUUGACAAAGGUAGUUUGGCCAAAACUUUAAGCACAAAUGAAGAAACUAAGAAAUUGGAUUGGCCUAAAAGGAUUAAUAUCGUGAAUGGCAUGUCUCAUGCUUUGUCUUACAUGCAUCCUAAUUGUUCACCUCCAAUUGUUCAUCGAGAUAUAUCCAGCAAAAACAUUUUGCUUGAUUCAAAAUGUGAGGCUCAUGUUUCAAAUUUUGGCACUGCUAAGUUUCUGAAAUGCUAUUCAUCGAAUUUCAGCUCUCUUACUGGCACAUAUGGUUAUAUUGCUCCAGGUAAUAUUUCUUUUAUUUAA